GUUUGAGUAUACAUUAUUAUCACUUAUUUAUGAUUAAUUAAUAGAAGCAUAUGCUUUACUUUAUUAAAUCACUUAGUAAUAAUAUAAUAAUAAGUAACCGGUGUAAUUAUUUACUGUACAUGCUAUGUAGCUACUGUUAAAUAUUUUGAAGAAAAAAGUUUUUGCAAAAGAGGGAAAUCAAUAUUUUGCAAAAAGUAUUUUUCAAUCAAAUAAGAACGUCCCAUUCUAGUUUCACAAUUUCGGUAGAAAAAUAUUUUUAUUUUAAAUAUAAGUUUUGGAGGAACAAACACCAAUUAUUAGUUAGGCGGUCUGAAAACGACGACGUAGUAGCUGUCUUGGUUGUACUUGUCUCUCGUUUAGCUCAUAUUUGCUUAUCGAUUGCGAAGUUGGCAACUGUCUUAACCAAAUUAGUCUUCACCGGCGAACUGUAAAACCCUCAUCUUACAAUGUCAUGGUUUGCUAGAUCCAUUGCCAACACUCUCAGACUCGAGGACGACGUCGUUUCAAGUCCCAAUCACCAUCACUCUACUGAUCAACCAACCACACAGAAGCAACAAACAGUUGAUGUUGAUGUUGAUGUUGAUGAUUCAUCGCCAGUAUCGCCGUCACGCGGCGUUAAGGAGGACAUAUCUGAGCUGACCAAAACCCUAACCCGUCAAUUUUGGGGAGUGGCUUCUUUCCUGGCCCCACCGCCACAAUCCGAACCCGAUAAGACUCUACUGGAUCCAGAUGAAGAGGAAUCGGAUCCUGCGGGGAUCGCGGGUUUAAGAAGCGAUAUUAUUGAAAUCGGGGGUAGAUUUAAGAGUGGGAUAUCUAAGUUUUCCAAGAAUAUUCCUGUAUCGGAGAUCACUAAAAUGGCGUCUAACUUACUGCAACUGGGAGAGGAGGAGGAGGAAGAUCCAGGUAGAGGUGCAGUUGGUGUUACUGAGGAAGUAGUGGCUUUUGUAAGGGACAUUGCUAUGCAUCCUGAGACUUGGUUGGAUUUCCCUUUGCUCGAUGAUGAAGACGAUGAAGUGGAUUUUGACUUGUCUGAUGCACAACAAGAGCAUGCAUUAGCUGUUGAGAGUCUUGCUCCAAGACUGGCCGCUUUGAGAAUUGAACUCUGCCCAGGUUACAUGAGUGAGGCUCGCUUUUGGGAGAUUUACUUUGUUCUCCUACACCCUAGACUGGAUAAACAAGAUGCUGAACUUUUAUCCACACCCCAGGUAGUCAAAGCCAGAGCCUCAUUGGCGCAAGAGUUACAUAAGCGAAUCAAGCCAAUAGAAAAAGAUUUGUCAAAGGAGAAAACUUUUGAAUCAACUGAGGGGGUUGGUUUUCAACGUGAGGAGAUGCUUGCUGCCCCGUCCGCUGCUCUGUCUAAGGAUGUGGUUCAAGACAUGUCUAGUGUGGAUGUUGCCACUUCAUCUACAGUUGCCGACUCUGUCAUCGACGUGCACCCUGACAUUGAUGAAAAUCAAACAGUUGAUAAACUUGUGGUUGGAGGACCUAUUACCCGAAGCAAAGAUGAAAAAUUGCAAUCUGCAUCAGCGUCUAAGUUGGAGGAUAGUGAUGAAGAGGAUGCUGAUGAUUGGUUAAAGGAAGAAAACACGGAAAUUACAGGUACAAGUAAAACCAGUAUGUCCUUUGAGGAUGAUGAGGAUGUGUCUUUCAGUGAUCUUGAAGAGGAUGAUUCUGAUAAGCCUACAAAAUCAAAGAAAGUAGUUUACAGUUCUGAUAAGGACUCGCAAGAUUGGGUCCAGUUGAAGAAAAGCUCCCCUGACUUGUCUAGAGAUACCAGCUCUGUCAAUCAGAUUGGUUCUGUUAAGGAAAAUGUGCAGAACUCUGAUAUCAAAGAAUCAAAUGAUUGGCUGGAUAUUGAUGACCUUGAGGUGGCAUGAACUUAUGUAAGAUUUAAAUAUAGUUGUCGUUCCUCUCAUUUAUUGUUGUGAAUAGCUAUUCCCUAUCCUCCAGCCUGUGCUCUGCGCUGUCUCCCAAACUGUUUGUACAUAGAAUGCAUACCGAAUAACGAUUGGGUUGCUCCUGUUAUUAUGCUAAUGCAGCUUCAGUAACGCCUCCUUGAUGA